AGCGGGCACUCGCAGACACAGAGGAAGUACAAAAAAGCUUGACAUCUUCAGAGUGACAAACUCCACUGACUGAGGCAGUGGCUGUCAUGGACUCGGAAGACGAACCCUUGUGGCUCCAAGGUACCUGGAAUGUGAGUGGGUUUGAAGAACAAGAAGAUGAGGAAGAGGAGGAGGAGGAAAGAGAUGAAGUGGUGGAAGGAGCCAGUAGAGGGGAGCAGGUCUGUAGAGGGUUGUGGUGGGCUUUGGGCUGGUUGUACACACAGCCCUGGGCGAGUAGGCUGAUUUUGGUGGCAGGAUUUCUGGUGCCCUUUGCCCUCUCAGCUUAUAUGUUCCUUCGCUGUGAACCGCUAGACAUUGAUCUUUCCUACAGUGCAUUUGAGGUUAGGAGUCAUUCCUCUGCUGAACGAUUUGAUGCUCUUACCAUUGCACUGAAAAGUCAGCUGGGGUCUUGGGACAGGCACAGGCGUGACGCUGAGGGAUUUGACUUUGAGGCCAAUGCUCUGAGGGACCUUCUGUUGCUCAUGGCAAACAGACAAGGGAAGGAUGUCUCUGAAAUGGCAAAUACCAAAAUGUCUGCUGAGUUCUCGGAAAAAGGACAGCAUGUGACAAGGGUGCACAAUGAAAAUAAAUGGUUUAGUAAUGAGAAAAAUAUCAAGAUGCAAGAGACAAACUCCACAACCCCUAAAAUAGCUCCAAGCGCCAACUCCCAUGUUGCAGAGUAUCGCAGUAAACCCAACACACCUUUAAUCAGGAAGCAAAGAUUUGCGGGCUACUCCUACCUCCAGACCCAGGCCCUGUGGAGGAUAGAGCUGGUGUUUGUGGCUCAGGGGGACAGGGAUAACAACAUCUUCACCCCCGAACGCCUUCAUACCAUACACCAUGUUGAGAGACUUCUAAUGCAGCAUCCACAGUUUCAGCAGUUCUGCUGGAAGCCGCUGGAGGCACUACGAGACUUACCCUUGGGACCUUCCUUUUGCGCUCCUCCAAGUUCCCUCCUGUCAUACCUCUUCCCCAGUGAGCAUGCAGGAAAGAUCUUCUAUGAUGGCAUGGGACCUGAUCUAGCUGAUAUACAUGGUGCCUUGAGCUUGGCAAUCACCCAUCCCCAGUUUUACUGGUACGUGGAUGAGUCACUCACACCAGCCAAGCUUCAAUCCUCUCUUCUUCGCAGUGAAAUCCAUUUUGGGGCUCCUCUCCCCUCCUUCUAUUCUCUCCAAGACAGACCACUAGAACAGAGAAGUCGGUUCAGAGACUUUGUGGUGCAAUAUGCUGACAUCCUGUCACAGCAAUCCACCAGUAAAGUGAAGGUGCUGUACGGGGGGACAGAGUUAUUUGAUGAUGAGGUACGGAAGACCUUCCAUAGUGACAUGUUGCUGGCUCUGUUCAGUGGCGGCUGCAUCACUGUUCUCGUGUAUGUUCUAACCUCAUUUUCCGUGUUUCUAACAUUCUUUGGCUUGGCCAGCAUUGGUCUGAGCUGUCUUGUGGCACUCUUCUUGUACCAUGUGGUGUUUGGAGUGAAAUACCUCGGCAUUCUCAAUGGGGUGGCAGCCUUCGUCAUCAUCGGCAUUGGUGUGGAUGAUGUGUUUGUGUUCAUAAGUACCUUCAGACAGGCAGCUCACCUGACUUGUUCAAUGCAGCGUAUGAUUUAUACAGUAAAGACAGCAGGCAGAGCCACGUUCCUGACGUCCUUCACAACGGCAGCAGCAUAUGCUGCAAACUCUUUUUCACAGAUCCCAGCGGUUCAUGAUUUUGGGCUGUUCAUGUCCCUCAUUGUGAGCUGCUGCUGGCUUUGGGUGUCCUUUCUAAUGCCUGCUGCUCUUUGCAUCUGGACCCAAUGUGGAGCUGCCCAGCAUAAUGCCUGUCCCAAUUGGUGGAACACCCUAACUAAACUCUCUGCCAGCCCCAGCCCCAGCCCCAGUCCUCUUUCAGAUGAGGAUGAUGUGGCUCUCCUAACUGUAGAAAUGGAACCAGGUCUGUGUGACUCCGAAUCAGAUGCAGCCCUACUGUCUCUCUCUGUAGAAGCUCCAUUGGACACGUCUAUUGUGAGCGGUGUAGGGAUUGUCAGUGCGCACAUUCAGAGGGUACUGAGACACUGGGUGGCAGAACCUGUAGUGAAGAAACGUAAAACUAUUAUAGGGGUGUAUGUUCUGGUUCUGCUGGGAUCCGUGUGGUGCUGCUGUCUACUGCGGCCGGCCAGUCACGCUCCUGUGCUGUUCCACCGAGACACAAACCUGCAGAGACUGCUGAAUCUACGCAGUAACCUGAGCGCCCAGGGAAUCUCCUGCCACAUGUGCUCAGGUGUAUUUAUGGAGCGACCUCAUAAUCUGCACAAUACUGCUGACUCCACAAGUUCUACCUCAGGAAAACAUCCCGUAAUUUACUCGAACCAGACCAAACCAGCACCCAACAGCACAGCACAGACACUCAAAGAUGGUCUCCUCAACAUCUAUGUCUUUAAAUUGGAGUUGGCCUCACCUGUCACUCUCUAUCGCUAUUCACUGAGUGCCAGCGUACCCAAACCCUGGCAAAAAUCAUCAGCUGGGCACGGGGAUGUACCGUUCUUUCAGGCCUACAGCAGUCCCCAUAGCAACUUCAGCACGCGGAUGACCGUGUGUGUAUCUCACGCCUAUCACCCCCGCCCGCGGUGGAUGCUUACUCUACGACCAUGUGACGGCAGCCGGCACUGGAUAACAGAGUUUGAAUUCUAUGUGGCUUUGGUUGAGCAACAGCACAGCAGGAAGCUCUAUUUUGCCCAGCACACGAUCAGCCCGUACCCCAGUCGUGUGUGUGUGGGGCCACCAGGGUGUGUGUUCGGCUCUGGUCCUGAUGGACCCACUCAGGGCAGUUUCUACAUCCCACUACCCGCAGUCCCCACCCAGGUUAAGAUCUCUAGGACAUCAGGUUUUAACCCUUGCAGUGGAGGCGGAUGUGGGAAACCAGCAGUGCGCCCUCUAGUGGACACUGGAGCCAUGGUGUUUGUGGUUUUCGGCAUACUAGGGGUUAACCGCACUCAGCAUUCAGACAACCAUGUUAUUGGAGACCUGGGCAGUGUGAUCUAUGAUCCAGACUUUGAUCUCUUUAAUGAGAUUGGGCAUUUGUGCCAGCUUUGCAAAGCCAUCAGUGCCAAUACCAAGCUGGUUAAGCCUGGUGGAGCUCAGUGUUUGCCAUCAGGUAAUAGCCUCACUUCCAUUCUGCCCUUGCUCCACCCUGACUGUCACUCUCUUCCUGAGCCCAACCUCUUGCCUGGCCAGCUGUCUCAUGGUGCAGUUGGCAUGCAGGGCGGUAGAGUGCACUGGAUCUCUAUGGCAUUUGAAUCUACCACAUACAAGGGAAAAUCUUCAUUUCAGACUCACUCUGAUUUCCUCCAAUGGGAGAGUUUCCUGCAGAAGCAGCUUGCAUCACUCCCAGAAUCGUCUGCCUUGAGGCGUGGGUUCCAGACCUGCCAACACUGGAAACAGAUCUUCAUGGAAAUUAUAGGUGUGGAGAGCGCCCUCUACAGUUUGCUGCUGUCACUUGCCAUUUGCAUUGCGUCUGUAGCGGUAUUUACUGCUCAUCCACUUUUGCUGCUUCCUAUCCUGAUGAGCAUUCUAGGAAUGGUUUGUCUGGUGGUGGCGAUGAUGUAUUGGUUAGGUUGGGAGAUGGGUGCAGUAGAAGCCAUCUCGCUCUCCAUAUUGGUGGGCUCUUCGGUAGACUAUUGCUUACAUCUCGUGGAGGGCUAUCUACUGGCUGGAGACACUGGGAACUUAGGACUCGCUGAUCACAGUUUGGACUCAUAUAUCAAACGGCAACUACGGACUCUUGAAGCAGCCAAUCACGUGGGGGUUGCCAUAGUUUCUAGUGCCGUCACCACGGUGAUAUCUACCCUUCCACUCUUUUUUUGUGUCAUUGUGCCUUUCGCAAAGUUUGGUCAGAUCGUGGCCAUCAACACGGCCAUCUCCAUCAUAUUUACGCACACGGUCACUAUCGCUCUACUGGCAACAAUGGGCCCCGUUGACUUCACUCGAACAGCUAGAGCAGUGCUCAAAGCCACUCUGGCGGUGCUGAUAUUGGGAGCCUCUGGAGGUCUCUUUUGGUGGAUUGGAUCACAAUUUGCUCCUGGCACACUGAUAUAAUGUUGGAAUCAAGAAAUCACACUGCGGAUUCCACCUGUUGCUGAUUCAAAUCAAGUGCAAAUUCAAAAGUGCUAAUGUGCACAUAGCGAAUUUAUGCGUGAUAUGUUGAGAUGACAUGUAUAUGACUGUCCUAUGAAUGUGAUGAUGUUUUUCAGCAAGUUGGCUAAAUUGUGAUGCUGUUAGAAAUUAGGAAAUCCAGUACGUGAAUAGUCAGCAUGAAGGUAGCGAGCUCUUAAAGAAGUGGUACAUUGAUGUCCGAGACGUUUAGGUGAAUAACACCCUCUGAAUUUGUUAACAGCUACGAGUCCCAUGUUAGAGAAGUCAGUACAUUUUAUGGAAAUGUACGACAACAGAGAACUGAUCACCUUUCAGUAUUUUGUAUCUUAUUCACAUCCUGAACUGAAGUAACUCUGAGGGUACAGAAGGACAUGUAUUACAUCUGUUCUUAUGAGAGGUUUGAUGAGGUCCUGAAGUCUCAGAAGAAAUACAGAAUAAACAUGAAUUCUGUGAAUUCAUCUUGCAUGGUGGAAAACAGUGAAAGAGAAAAAAUCUGAGUAAGUCAACUUUUGCACCGUAGUUGUGGGAUGUUUCGAGAGAGUUGGAGUUACAAGCUCAAGUUAUCAUGUUGAACGCCAAAUCAAUCCCAGAAGGCCUACAUUUGCAGCUUUGGAUUAAAGCAAUUUAUUUACUUCAAUGUAAUAUAGGGAACAUUGUAUCCAUUGCGAACUGUUUGUAUCGUGAAAAGUGGGUAUUACCAGAAUAGUGCCAGACCUGAAUACGAGUUUGCAGUUGAGUUUGGAAGACUACUCCGCUCCUGAAACACAGCUGGCACCCACUUUUAUGGAGAGGUUUUGACCGGGACAUAGAGGCACAUAAGUUGACCCUUGAAAUCUUCUGUUUCAAUUGCUAAUAUUGCCAUAACCUUUAUUACGGUAAUUGCCAUUAACUAUUGGAAAUUUUUUAGAAAGGAUGCAGCAGUCUAAAACCCUAAUGACUAAAUAGCUGUUAGCUUGUAUAUACGGUGCACUGUAAGACCAAGGAUGUGUUUUAAGAAAGUAAAUAGGCUUAAUUUUGAUAUCCUGUUGACUUUAAGCAACAGAAACAAGGCCUGUCAAACAUGAAGAGCAUUCUUUCCUGACAAAGGAAAAUUUUCCUUCCCUAAUGACAGAAAUGAGUUACAUUGUUUGGUUUUAAUGUGGCCAUGAAGAUAAACCAAAAUUGAUUACAGUAUCUUUCUACCUAAGGACGCUUAGCUGUAUUUCAAAUUAAACAUCAUCAGAAAAGCUUUUGUUUGAUUGCCUGUAAAACAUCUCAUCAUGUACUCAUCCUUGUGCCAUCC